AGAACGAAUAAGGAGAGACAGAGAUAGAUGGCAUCCUCUGACUCUCCGACUCGGAGCCCUCAACUCAGGAAAGACGUUGUCACGAAUCGCUGGGUCAUUUUCUCACCCGCCAGAGCCAAACGACCCACUGAUUUCAAGUUUAAUUCCCCUGCAAACCCUAACCCUAAUCCCAAGCAGGAAUGUCCCUUCUGCAUCGGCCACGAGCACGAGUGUGCCCCAGAGAUCUUCCGUCUUCCGCCCCGGGGCCGGGACUGGAAGAUUCGGGUUAUCGAGAAUCUGUACCCUGCGAUAAGCAGAGGAGUUCCUGAUGAUCAUCCCUUAGUUCAGGCCCCGGACGGCGAGCUUUCGGCCGGUCGGGCUCUGGAUGGGGUCGGGUUCCACGACGUGGUGAUUGAGACGCCGGUGCACUCCGUUCAGCUCUGCGAUUUAUCUCCAUUGGAGAUCGGUCGAGUUUUUCUUGCCUAUAAGAGUAGGAUACAGCAAAUUGCGAGCUACGAAUCGAUCAAAUAUGUUCAGGUUUUCAAGAAUCACGGUGCUUCAGCAGGAGCAUCGAUGAGUCACUCUCACAGUCAAAUGCUGGCUCUGCCAAUUGUUCCUCCUGCCGUUUCUGCACGAAUUGAAAGCAUGAAGGAGUAUUUUAAUCAGACAGGAAAAUGUGGGAUUUGUGAAGUCCAAGGAGAGGAUCUUUUGGUUGAUGCUUCGACCCAUUUCUUAUCAGUCGUUCCUUAUGCUGCCACAUUUCCUUUUGAGAUAUGGAUUAUUCCUCGUGAUCACUCUCCUCAUUUUCACGACAUAGGUGAUGAAAAGGCUGUUGACCUUGGUGGGCUGCUGAAACUCAUGCUUAGGAAACUUUCAUUGCAGUUGGACAAUCCUCCAUUCAAUCUUAUGAUUCAGACAUCCCCACUUCAGAUUAAUGCUUCAGAUUCAUCUCAUUCUCACUGGUUUUUACAGAUAGUACCCCAAUUAACAGGCGUAGGAGGGUUCGAAAUGGGAAGUGGUUGCUACAUUAAUUUCGUCUUCCCCGAGGAUGCUGCAAAAGUUCUAAGGGAAGUAAAUGUUCCGGUAUAGAUAUAGCUUACCCCAAAUUCUAAAUUAUUAUUAUUAUUUUUUCGGAUGAUUUGAUAAUUCUCAGUUUUUCCAUGAUCCCCAACAAUACAGCAAAGCUUUUUUUUGCUAUAAUGGAGAAAUUCCAACUUGUGAUCUCGAGUCA